AUGAAACAAAGACAGAUCAGCACGACGCUGCUAGGACAUGAGAUUGUCCUGCAAGACGUUGUAGCAAAUGUCGCCGGUGUUGUGGAGUGGGCAGAAGAUUUUUUCAGUUCAACAGCCGUCAAGGACCUUCCGUACGCGUCCAUUGUUAUGGCAGGCGUCUCUCUUGUCCUCCCGCUU